AGCCCUUAACACUUGCAAAAAUAUUAUUAUUAUUUUUUUGAAAAUUAAAAUGAAAUUAUUGGCAGCUCUACUGUUUUUAAGUGUAACUUUAGUUUUUGCACUACCCAUUGAAGAAAGGAAGGAUGUAUCUAAGAAUGGUUCUUUUAUUCCACAAAUCGAUGGGUCCUUGAAAUGGAUGUCCACAGAGGAAAUUAAAAAGGAACAAAAUAAAAUGAAAGCGAGAAUUUGGCUCUUUGAUAGACCAGUUGAUUUUCACUUAUACACUCGGAAGAAUCCUAAAAGGUCUCAGAAAAUAUCUGCCAAAAAUCCAAAGAGUUUGAUGAAAUCGAAUUUCAACAGUGACAAUCCCACGAGAAUCAUUAUCCAUGGCUGGUAUAACAGCUACAAAUCAGAUGUUAAUACUGAAAUCCGUAAGGCUUUCUUGGAAGUCAUGGACUGCAACGUGAUCUCUGUGGACUGGAGUCGACUGUUAAACUAUCUUACUCUAAACUACAUAGGCGCCACAUUCCAGGUUCCUAAAGUUGCUGUCAAAGUUGCCAAAAUGAUUGAUUUCUUAGUCGAUGAAGGCAACAUGUCGUUGGAUGAUCUUCAUGUCAUCGGUCACAGUUUAGGUGCUCAUGUGUCAGGGAUAGCUGGCAGAAAUGUGGUUGCCGGAAAAGUUCAUACAAUCAUAGGCUUAGAUCCAGCGGGGCCGGGCUAUGAAGAUAAUUCUUCGGCCAAAGACGAGUGUCUGACCAAAGAUGAUGCCGGAUAUGUUGAAGUGAUUCACACCAAUGCAGGUAUAUUGGGUUAUUUGACACCAAUUGGAAAUGCUGAUUUUUAUGUAAAUGGAGGUGAAGAGCAGCCGGGAUGUUUCUUAGGUAAUUCGAUAUGUUCCCAUUUGAGGGCAUUUUGGUAUUAUGCUGAAGCAAUAAGGGAAAACAGCUUUAUUAGCAAAAAGUGUCCAGGUUAUUUAUUUGCCUUUUCGAACGAAUGCGAUGAAGAAGCUAAUGAAGUCCGAUUGGGAGGUGCUAUGAAUUAUGAAUUAGCUAGUGGAGUGUAUUACACACCUGUAUAUGCAGAACCACCUUAUGGAAUGGGAUAGAUUUGAUGAGGUUAAAAAAAAA